AUGCUGUGCACAGUGCCGGCGUUGGGGGGGGGGGGGGGGGGCGAUGGGGCGACGGCCCAGGGCGCCAAAUUUGGGGGGCGAUUACUGGAGAUCCCAGAAGCGAGUGCACAUAACAACUUUUGGAUUUUCAACAGUGUCAAUGGAAUGUUACGCAACGCUUACUUCUCGUGUAAUUCCAUAUUGGGUCUAAUCUUCACCCUGCCAUCUAUCGUCAACCUUAUAAAGCCUCUGUUCGGUAUCGAGGCGCCUCGUAUAUUGCCUUUCUUCUACUGGCUACCAUUCGAUCCUUACCAGGAAGUCAUAUUUGAAGUCGUGGUGAUUGUGCAGAACUCACAUUGUAAGUAUUUUAUAUAUUCAUCUUAA